CGAACCUGCGCGGGCAAAGCCCACAUGAUUUCUAGUCAUGCCCGAUAACCACUCCGGCACGUCCACUUAUUUGUCAAAAAUGAAUCAAUUUUAAAUUUUAUUCUUUGUAUUGAGAAAGGCAGCGGAAAGAGACCGGGACUGAGAGAAACAGUCACUCAGGCAGACCGAGCGCAGCGCAAGUGCGCAACAGCUAGAGCAAACACAGAGAACGGUGGACGGCGCAGCUGAAUUGAAAAGGAGAGCUCCAAACUCCGACCCAAGAUAGCGACUCGCCGUUUCCUCAGACUCCAAAUAACGAGUGAUCGACAAUGAAUAGUUCUAAAGACAGCGGCGGAGGUAACAAGCGAAGUUUACCUUCCUGGAUGAAUUCAGACGACAAUAACGUUGCCGCCGGUAGAAACGCUCGGAAGAACCCUAAAACCGGCGGUAGAAAUCAGGAAGAAACCCGGGACAAAGAAGACGUCGGAAGCCCUUCCAACCGAGACCUACCCACCAAAGGAUCCGCCGGACCCAGUUCAAGUACGCCAGCAUUCUCCAAGCUUUUGGAAGGGGUUGUGUUCGUGUUGUCCGGGUUUGUUAAUCCAGAGCGCGCUACAUUACGGUCCAAUGCUCUGGACAUGGGAGCCGAGUAUCGACCUGAUUGGGGCUCAGAUUGCACGCUUUUGGUCUGUGCUUAUUCGAAUACUCCCAAGUUUCGACAAGUUGAGGCCGAUUGUGGGACGAUUGUCAGGAAGGAGUGGAUAUUAGAGUGUUACAGCCAGAAGAGGCUGGUCGAAAUCGAUAGUUACCUCAUGCAUCCAGGGAAGCCAUGGCGAAAGGGUCGGGCUUCUGAUGAAAGGAUAAACAAUGGAAAGGAAUCUCCGUCCAGAAAACGUGCAAAAGAAUCUGAAACUCUAUCACACUCAGGGCCAAUUGCCUCAGGAAAAUCAAAUACUAAGGCUCCUAAGACUACUAAGAAGCAGUUUUCUGGCCCUGAAGCGAAGAAGUGGGCAAUUGACGAUCUGAACAAAACCAUCUCAUGGCUAGAGACUCAAGAUGAAAAACCUGAGCCAAGCGAGAUCAGACAAAUAGCUGCAGAAGGGGUCAUAAUUUGCUUACAAGAUGCUAUUGAUUCCCUCGAGGAAGAUCAGGAUGUCCGCAAGAUUGCAAAUCAGUGGAAUGUCGUGCCGCGGGCACUUGAGGAGCUGUUAAAGCUUUUAGGUAAUACAAAUGGUUCAGCCGCUUACCCAAAGGAAGACAUUUGCAGACAAGCUAAAGAAUUUAAAGAAGCUUAUGAGGCAGCUUUCAGUAGUUUAGAUGGUGAUUCAAAGACAAAUAACAAAGGGGUAAAGAACAGUACAGGCCACCACAACCGUAACGAGAGAUCUAGUCCCGGGUAUGACAGCGAUGACACUAUCGAGAUGACUGAAGAAGAAGUUGACCUUGCCUAUACUUCUGUUGCCUCUCAACUCUCUUAAGUAGAUGGUCAGACUUGGAGAUGGACUGGAGAUUGAUGUUUUAUGCACUCCGUCUCUUUAAAGGGUACCUGUGAGGUUUGAGGAAAGGGCUUUAGGGAUGUGAACGGAAGACAGACUAGGUAUGGCAGAGAUUAAGGUUCUGGGACUAGUGAAAAGUGGACACUGACGUAACUUGUAGUUUUUUUGUGUUUUGCCUUUAAAUUGCUGUAAAAUUGAUAAAUGAACGUCAGAUCCUCAUCUUUGCUCUUCGUACUUGUAAAUGUUCUGUCAGGGAUCAAGCCAAAUGUUCCACCUCUAUUAUGAGAGUAUCUCGACAACGGUGACUAAUCAAACCAAGUCCGGCCAUGAGCUCAUUCUAAAUUCUAAGGGCCGGGAUAGGGAUUGCAAAAUUGUUGAGAAGAUAAAAAGGAAAAUAUUAU